CACCUCCAUUUUUCGAAGUAUGUUAUCUUGCAAAAAAAAGCAAGCAAAGUAGGUUAUUCAGCAAUUGACUCAAACAUCUCUUCUUCUUCGAUAACUCUGUUUCCCUCUGUAAAAUCAAAUCGCCAUUUUUGAUGCGGUUGCCAUUAUUUUCUCCAAUUCUCUUCUUACUCUCACACUUGCGUUUGAUUCGAAGAGCUUCCACCUCUUCACGUUUCUACGCCGUCUCUGCAAUAAACCCUAAUCUCUCAGAUUCUGAACCACAAAAUCAUCCUAAUCUCUCCAAACUUAACCAAUCCAGUCUCCUCCGAUUCCUCAAUAGUACCAGAGAUGACCCAAGUCUCGCUUUGUCGUUUUUGGAACAGCUUAAACAACAUGGUGUUUCUCCUAAUGUUAAUGCUUACGCUACUCUUGUCCGAAUUCUCUCUGCUUGGGGUUUGGACAGGAAGUUAGAUUCUGUUUUAGUUGAACUUAUUAAGAACGAGGAGCGUGGUUUCUGUGUAAUGGAUUUGAUUGAAGUUAUUGGAGAAGAAGCUGAUGAUGUCGUUAUGGUCCGAGGCUCUAGUGCGUUGGUUAAAGCUUAUGUUAGUCUUGGUAUGUUUGAUGAAGCUAUCGAUGUUUUGUUUCAGAUUAAGCGAUUAGAUUGUGUUCCUAGUAUAAAGUCUUGUAAUUUCUUGAUGAAUCGUUUGAUUGAGUUUGGGAAGAUUGAUAUGGUGGUGGCUCUGUUUAAGCAACGUAAGCAGUUAGGGCUGUGUGCAAAUGAGUAUACUUAUGCAAUUGUGGUUAAGGCAUUGUGUAGAAAAGGUGAUUUACAAGGAGCUGCUAAGUUGCUUGUGGAUAGUCCAAGUGUGUUUGUUUAUAAGACUUUCAUUGAAGGACUUUGCGCGAAUGGGGAAACAGAGACAGCUGUUGAUUGGAUCGGAGAAAUGAUCGGAAUGAAUUUUAUGGUUGGUGAUGACCUUAGAACUGCGUAUAGCAUGGUGGUUCGCGGUUUUUGUAAUGAGAUGAAGAUGGAAGCUGCUGAAAGUGUUGUUCUUGAAAUGGAGAAGAACGGGUUUGGUCUUGAUGUUUAUGCUUGCUCUGCGGUGAUUGAUCGGUACUGCAAGAACUUGAAUUUACCUGAGGUGUUGCGGUUUUUGGAUAAAAUGUUGGGGAAAGGACUGAGAAUAAAUUGUGGUAUUGUGAGUUCUGUUCUGCAGUGUUAUUGUCAGAUGGAUAUGUGUUUGGAAGCAUUAGAAAAGUUUAAAGAAUUUAGCGAUAUGAACAUUUUUCUUGACAGAGUUUGUUACAAUGUCGCGUUUGAUGCUUUGGGGAAGCUUGGUAGAGUGGAAGAAGCUGUUGAGUUGUUCCGAGAAAUGAUGGAUAAAGGAAUGGUUCCUGAUGUUAUUAACUAUACAACUCUUAUAAAUGGCUACUGUCUUGAAGGUAAAGUUGUUGAUGCACUUGAUUUGAUUGAUGAAAUGAGAGGAAAUGGUAUUUCUCCUGAUUUAAUCACUUACAAUGUGCUUGUCAGUGGAUUGGCUAGGAAUGGUCAUGAGGAAGAGGCUCUUGAGAUUUAUGAUAGAAUGAAAGCUGAGGGUCUAAAGCCUGAUGCUGUCACUCACAAUGUGAUUAUUGAAGGCUUGUGUUUUGCACGUAAAGUAAAAGAAGCCGAAGAUUUCUGGAAGAGUCUAGACGACAAAUGCCAUGAAAAUGAUGCUAGUUUGGUGAAAGGUUACUGUGAAUCUGGCCUUUCUAAAAAAGCCUAUAAACGAUUCAUUGAAUUGGAAUACCCUUUGCGCAAGAGUGUGUACAUCAAACUAUUCUUUAGUCUCAUCACCGAGGGUUAUCACGACAAAGCUCUUGACGUACUGAAGAAAAUGUGGGCUUAUCGAGUUGAACCUGGGAGGAGCAUGUGUGGCAAAAUGAUUGGGGCGUUGUGUAGGUCAAAUAAUGCGAGAGAGGCCCAGUUGUUAUUUGACACAAUGAUUGAGAGAGGACUCAUCCCUGAUCUGUUUACUUAUACAAUCAUGAUUCACACUUACUGUAGGCGAAGUGAGUUACAGAAAGCCGAUGAUCUUUUCGAGGACAUGAAGCAGAGAGGAAUAAAACCUGAUGUGGUAACAUACACAGUUUUGCUUGAUAGAUAUCUGAAGUUAGAUGCAGAGCAUCAUGAAACAGGUUAUGUUCAAGAAGAAAAGCAAAGAAGCAAAGCUUCAGAGGUUUUGAGAAAAUUCACAGCUGCCGGUAUUGAACUAGACGUUGUAUGCUAUACGGUUCUGAUAGAUCGUCAGUGCAAGAUUGACAACCUAGAAAAUGCUGAGAAGCUUUUUGAUAGAAUGAUAGACAGUGGCCUGGAGCCUGAUAUGGUGGCUUACACAACACUACUAUCUGGUUAUUGUCGAAAAGGAUACAUAGAUAAGGCAGUAACACUUGUUACUGAAUUGUCAGAAAAGGAUUUUGUACUGUCUGAACAUUUUGGGGAUGCAAUUAAGCGUGCUGCUUUGAAGCUGAAGAGAUCUCAACAAAAUCAGGAAUGAAGGGUUUAUAUCAUUAGUGUAACUGUGGAAGGUCCAUCUAUGUAAAUUGUUAUGGGUAUCAAUUGUAUAUUAUUUAGUCUAUCUUAUCUUGCUUUUUUAUAUCUAAUCUUCUAAGUUAAUUAAUCACAAACUGAAAAUUUUCAAUCUUACCAUUCAUACA